AUGGCCCUAUGUUCCCAAAAUAAACGUGGGCGGGAGGGCUCAAGCUGCUGGGGUUUCUCAAGUGUCGACUCCGUCCCGAGUGAGGAAGGCAACAUAUACAAUGCUGCAAGGGUAAGCUCCGCUGCCGACGACAACGCUCAAGACCGCCAUGUCCAUGGCAUCGAUGACCAGCUGGGCACCGACCUGGUCAUGUUCAUGUCCCUAACACCUAUCCAUGAUAUACGUUAUCGGUUGCCGGUUCGAAGGUUCGAGGUGGUUUCCGAAGAACAGAUAGAUUCAACGAUGUGGCCUUCACAUGCAUUAUCGCGCAGUUACCCAUCUUCAAUGGCCCCAAGAUGGAGACGAACGGAGACAACGCUGUCUGUCCGCUCGUUGUCAAGAAUUGACGAAUUCCACCGACCGCGGCGACGCAAAUCCAAAUCGGCAUCUCUCAACGACGUUGAUAGCUGUUGGAGAGAGCUGCUAUUUCCUGAGAGCUUCCCAUCUCCUGUUGGCCCUGUCCUUCCAAAGUAUCCGCCGCCGGUGAGGUCUACUACUCCCCCGGGACUUCCGUCUUUCGGCAGUCGAGAAGCUCUUUGCUAUUCUGCUCAAGUUCUGGUCCGCCCUCCGCCCCUGAAUGGACGAGGACAGCAGCAUAUCCAGGUAUCUUCAAAUGCGCAAUGCCAAGGCCAAGUUAGCAACCAGCACAACUCCUACAGGCAGUUAUUGCGAAGGUUUCUUGGUUUGUCUUCGUCCACCCCCACCCCGUCUAGUGAUGGAGUGGUGCGAGGCAUUGGAAGAGCAGAAGAUGGUACCGUUGUCCAGGGACGUUUCCCUUACAGACAGAGCGGCCAUGGAGUGAAUAUCGCCAGACGGCUGGAGGACCAUCCCUUUCACAGAUUAAAUCUUCCCAUUGCAGAAUGUGGGGGUUGCGAUACCAAUGGCAAUGCUACCAUUCAACGGGGACGACCUAACAGACCACCAAACGAGACUAAAGGAGGUAAUUCGGCUCACGGAAAUUCAGGUCGCUUGUCUAGGCCACGUACUUUGCACAGCUCCCAAGUCGUUGCGCCGUCACCUGGACCAGCUGCCACAUUCUAUCCAUGGGGGCAGGCCUCGGCAGCUACCGUUCGCCCAACGCCCCGGGAUAUCCCUCAUCAAGACUGUCGUGCCCAACCCCAAUAUAGGUCAAUAGUCUCUGCAGACCGCGACGGAUAUUCCCCUCCAUAUCCUGGAGCUAAUAGUGGUGUUUAUGGGGGGCGACAUCCUUCAGUACGACAACCGUCAUUGAAUGUGGCAAUGCAGCCCACGAACCCUGCACCAGAGCAGGCAUCCAACGCACAAGAACGGACAAAUAUUUGGACAAGCUCGUUGAGGAUUGCUCAUUCUUACUUCUCUUGUUGUUCGGAUGAGGAAGCUGAUGGAGACACCACGGCCAUUGAAUUAAGUAGUUCCCGUGAUACCUAUGCGACUGCAAGGAGUUGGAAUGAGAGCAAUAACAACCCGCGUGCCAAUCGUCCAGGUGGACCAGAGUGA